AUGAAUCCUUCUUCUCCUUCUUCUCCUCCUCUCCAUGCAUUUGAAAGAGAAGGAAAUUACAGACUCUCUCUCAUCCAUUCCAUCCGUAAGCCGCCAGUGAAGCCGUGGAGGAGAUCCACGGCUCUGCCCGAUAAGCAUUAUGUGGUCCACCCAUCAGGCUUCCGAAAGCUGGUGCAAAAGCUCACCGGGGCUCCACAAUUCACAUCACGGCGUCUCCAGGAGGCGGCCCCUGCACCACUCAAUCUAGUCCCGAAGCGGGCCGUGCCGCCACCACAGCAGCUUGAAUACAUGGAUACUUACAUGCAGCUGCAGCCUCUAUUAUUAUCUCCAGGACAGAUGAAGUUCAAAGCUGAUAUUUCUUCUUUGCAGCUGCUGCCUCUAUUCUCUCCCGAACUAACGAAGUUCAAUUCAGAUACUUCUUCGCAGCUGCAGCCUCUAUUCUCUUCGGAAUCGAUGAAGUUCAACAAUCAUUCUUUUGGGUCAUCUGGGUUCUUCUCACCUUCUUCAUCAUGUGCUUUUCCGCUCUUGAGCCCUAUCUUCAGCCCGAGGACGAAGGCCUUGAUGUAG